ACCACUACGAUGGGAAACGUCCAGCUGCCAGCCAAUGGCCGAAAAACUCUGCAGGCGAUGACCGUGGUGCUGAUGGCCCUGGAAUUCAUCCUAGCCAACGCUCUUCUGGAGGACGAAAUGGCGGCCCUCUCUUCCUCCGGUUCCACGUGGAAGGAACCCGAGAAACGAAACACGUGGUGGUCCAAGCGAGCCAAUGCGAAGGACGCUGGUAAGAGGAACAAUGCAGAGCCCAGCUUCGAACUGGAUCUACCUCUCUGCGCCCUUGUGGUUUCUGCGGCUGGCUGCUACGUGGAAACCUGCGUGCCCCUGGUGUUCGAGUGCGGCCGCACUUCGGACAGCAAGUCCAGCUACGCUAAAUGCCGCAGCGUGCACAGCGCCUGCCUCGCCCAGUGCGUCCGGAACCUCAACAGAGUCGGCGCGAACCUCCAGAAGUGACUAACCGCCAAACGUUGAAAUAACUGAAGAAAAAAAAGAAGGAGACUUCACGGCGAGACAAUAAAACUGUGACACUGAAUUACGCAACCCUGACAUGGUGUACGAUAAGCA